UCCUAGAUAGUGGACUCGUCCUUACACUGCCAUGUUGGAUGGAACUGGCUCUGGGCUCUCUGGCGGACGGACUUCCCAGGAAACUUUUUUGCCGUUUUCCUUCUUUGCUCAGUCGCUGCAAUUUUGACCUUAUUGUAAAGAGGAGCGGGACGUCGCAGUGCAUCCCUAAACGGCAUACAUUUUUUGGCACCCCAGUCUUGCGGACCUCCUGGAUAAAUCAAACCGGUGUAAGGGGGUCGAAGGAAGGCCACGGAUGACCGAGGGAUUGUUUAAGUAUCUUUUUGGAUCUCAUAUAACGAGUUACAGUCGUUGCAGACUUUAUAAAUUGAUCACUAAUAAUGAGUGGACAUCCGUCACAACGGCGGCUAACAAAUGUCGGUUCGAUACUACUGACCCCGCAGGAAAAUGAAUCCCUUUUCAAUUACCUUGGCAGGAAAUGUAUGUCAUUGUCUUCAGCAGUGGUCCAGGUGUUCACAGCCGAUAGGAACUCCAGCUGGACCAAGAGAUGUUGCGGAGUGGCCUGUCUGGUCAAAGACAACCCCCUACGAUCCUACUUCAUCAGGGUCGUGGACAUCAAGGAUGGUAAGAUGAUGUUUGAACAGGAGCUCUACAACAACUUCAGCAUCUACCUCCCCAAACCUUACUUCAUCACAUUUGCUGGAGAUACAUGCCAAGUGGGUCUGAACUUUGCCAGUGAAGAGGAGACCAAGCGUUUUCGUAGCCACGUGACAGAUCUAAUUGGGAGAAGACAGAGGAAAUCUGAGAAAAGACGCGACCCUCCAAAUGGCCCGACGUUGCCCAUGGCUACCGUCGACAUCAAAAACCCAGAGAUCAGCAAUGUUCAGCGUUACCAUAACAACUCUCAGGUGAACAACAUUGUGCACUCGUCCUUCCAGAAGAGGGAGAAAAAGGGCAAGGCGAAGAAGAAGAGGUUGACCAAGGCAGACAUCGGCACACCGAGCAACUUCCAGCACAUCGGGCAUGUAGGAUGGGAUCCGAAUACAGGUUUUGAUCUAAAUAACUUGGACCCAGAGCUGAAGAAUCUGUUCGAUAUGUGCGGCAUCUCCGAGGCUCAGCUGAAGGACAAGGAGACCUCGAAGGUUAUCUACGACUUCAUUGAGAAGAAAGGAGGCGUAGAAGCUGUCAAAAAUGAGCUACGGAGACAAGGUGAGGCACAUGCCCUCUCCCCGCCCCCUCCAUCCAGAGGCGGCCCUCCUCCCCCACCCCCGCACCACAGCUCAGCCCCUCCUCCUCCCCCCCCUCCUCCUGCCAGGGGGCGAGGUGCCCCGCCACCACCUCCCCCCUCCAGAGCACCCAUCUCUGCGCCCCCUCCUCCCCCUCCGUUUCGCCCGGGCAUGUCCGCUCCACCGCCUCCCCCGCCCAGCCGAGGCACUCUCCCGCCUCCCCCGCCACCGGCCCAUGCCUCGAUUCACGCGGCGCCUCCCCCGCCACCUCCACCCUCAUCCUCAUCCUCAACUCCGUACAGUACCGGCGCGCCGCCUCCUCCCCCCCUCCUCCCCCCGCCCCCUGGCCCUCCGCCCCCCGCCCCUCCGCUGCCCACCGAGGCUAACGGCGGGGACAGCGGUCUGCCCUCAACCGGCAAGCCGGCGCUGCUGAGUCAGAUCAGAGAAGGCACCCAGCUGAAGAAGGUGGAACAGAAAGAGAGGCCGGUGUCCAACAACACCGGCAGAGACGCACUUCUGGACCAAAUCCGACAAGGAAUCCAGCUCAAAGCGAGGGAAGACAACACUGACUCAACCCCUUCCACCCCGGCUCCCUCGGCAGGCAUCGUCGGGGCCCUGAUGGAGGUGAUGCAGAAACGGAGCAAGGCUAUCCACUCUUCAGAUGAGGACGACGACGAUGAAGAUGAGGAGGACUUUGAGGAUGAUGAUGAAUGGGAGGACUAGCGAUGUUUUGUCUUUUUUUUUUUUUUUUUUCUUCUUCUUCCUGUUUUCCUCUCCAACCCGUGGAUGAUUAUGACACUAAAAUAGUUUUCGUCUUUCUAAAAAGAAAUCUUUAAUUUCUAAAUGUAAAUGUUCUAUCAAUUUGCUGUAUAUUUUUGUUGCCUUCAUGCUUUUUUUUUAAUUUUUAUUAUUAAUCUGUGCAAUACCUCAUUUAGUCUGUAUAUGUUUGUCAUUCUCAUUAUCUUAGGUUGUUGUAUCUUCAUCUCUCAAUCGUGUCUGUCUCUACUCCGUUGGCUCCAUCUCUGAUAUGUCACAUAUCUCAUUUUAACCGUGUUCUGCUCUUUCCAUCGUUCUGCAUCUCUUUCUCCUCCUCCCACGUCAACAACUCUUUGAUGUUCACCUCCAUCUGUCACUCGGCCAUCCUUCAUAUCUAGUGCCUCCCAUCACACAUGUUCUCUCCCCGUCACUGUCACGCUCCCAGUCCCGAGAUUAACGUGCAAUUUUACAUCAAGUUGUCUCUUAGAUUUGAAUGUUUUCUUUUCUUUUGGUCAUUGUUUGAAGGGUGGGCUUAGUCGCCGCAAGUCCUCCAUCAGUUGUCAGUCUUCAUUGUUCGUCAGGAUGAGGGGGGGGGGGGGGAAUUGAAAUAUUUUCAUACCCUAUUGCUCUCUAGUUUAUUUUUACUUAUUCAGAUGAUCCUAGUUUAGCACUCAUAUUUUCUUAAAACAAAGAAAGAAAACAAGGAAAAUGCUCUUUUUGGAAUAUUUAGCUUCAUUUGCUGUCGACUGUAAAUUUGCUCUAGAGUUUUGAGUCUUGUUAUAUUUUUGCACAUAUUGAAAGAGGAGACUCGCUGCAUGAAUACAGGACAUUUUCAGGUCUGUAUCAUUAUGGAACAUACAUAUGCUUUAAGUAAUGAUGCAUUAUGCAUUUUUUACCGUUUACCCAUGACACUACAUACAGUACACGCACGGAGGUAGUAGCUCACAGUGUUAUGGCUGGCUAUCUGCUGUGAAUUCUUCUUUUUUGUCACUGUCACACUACACAUUCAGUUGAAAUUGUUCUCUUCUUUUUUUUACAAUAGCAAGCAGAGUAUUAAUAAAUGCCUGUUUGUUUGAAUCAGGUUAUUCAUCAUGUAACGCUUGAGGAAUAAAGACAUUUUAGUUUUACACACCUGAUGCUUUUAAUGGGUCCAUAUGCUAAGUUACUGUACAGAAACAGCGGGGCUAAAGUAGUGUUUUGUGCUGACACAGUUUUUAGGGAGAAACUCUAGAUUCAUGGCAUUAUUCAAACAAGUAUCAAUAUUUUCUUGAAUAACUAGUAAAUCAUGAGGUAAUAUAGGAAUCGCUUAUAAAAAAGAACUGACAGUGGUCAAUAAUUCCCUACAAAGGCGAAAUAUUCAGAUGUCACAAUGUAUUUCAUCCAAACUAAAUAAUAUGUACCAAUAAUUCUGGCUAUGUGUAGAUUUAAAGGACAAUACUUUAAAUUCCAAAUUGUUACAACAAUUUUAAAAAAGGAUUUGAAAAUCUUUUUGAUAAAUGACAACUGUCCCUAUGUGGUAAAACCAUGACUGUACUUUGCUAACCAGCCAGAGUACAUAUGUGUCUCUCUUUAAAGUAAAACUAGCUACUGCAGACACAAGUGACAUUUAUGGAAAAAUGCUGAAACCAUAAUAUAACAGUAGCACAAAUGGGGGGGAAAAUUAAGCAAUAUCUAAGUUGGCUAACAUUAGCCAGCAUAUCCUAACUGGUCAUCCCAGACCAAAAAAGGCUGUAGCAGCAAAACCUCUUGAGUGCAUUUUAUUGUGAAUGACCUUAACUUUUCAUUUGUAAGAGGAAAGUGUGUUAAUUCCUCUUUCAAAAGUUUUAGUCUCACUUUAAGUCUUCGUAUUGAAGGGCACCAGAGCUGCUAACCCUUUUUCCUUUAAGAGUCAAACCUAAAGCUUGACCUUCCAGGAUUUCGCUACGGCUGCCAUGUUAGCAUUUUGCACAUGCUAACAAGUAGCAUGCCAAUAUUGCUGUUAUGUUGUGGAGAGCAGAAAUACAGAAACGUCUUUACCACAGUGUAGCAAAUUUCCAGAAAAAAAAUGUCAAAAUGUGUCUCUUUUUUUUUUCACUCUUUGACAGUUAGCAAAAAAGGAAUGUUGGUGUCCUCUUUAAAUUCUGUCUUUGAGAGGCAAAUUGCCAUUUGUUGAUGUCAGAACUGACCUCUUGUUGAAUAUCAAGAUACUUUUUGUGGGAAAACCUAGCCAUGUUUUCGCUGAUUUUCUGUAGGUGACUCGGUUAAUAAGAUGUUAUGGACGCCAGGCCUUACAAUUGAGGCUUGACAAAUAAUGAACCCUUACAUUGUACACUCCAAUAAAAGGUUGAUAUUUA